CAGAGAAGUACUCAACGCAUCUCUGAAAUCAUCACAUACACUAAGAUCUAAAAGAAAAACAAACAUACGGAUGACUUCCUGCCCUCUUUCUCUGCAACAACCAAUUAAAGGUCACUAUUCAGAGUCAAGAUCGCUGAACACAGAAACACACUCAGCUCUCAGCACCAGUAGUAACUCGCUCUUCUCCCCACCUUCACAUCCUCACUGAGUCUGACCCUCACCCCCUCUCCAACCCUCCCCUCCACUUCGGCUUGUUUUUGAAGCUCCGUCCUGACUACAGAUACGAUCGUCUGGGUUUCUGGGUAACAGCUCCACAGGUGUGUGGUUAAGAUGUUGAACUUAAUUCAAUCAAUCCUCCUUCUCACGGCUGUGCUCGAGUCACUUAAAGGAGAAGAAGAGGUGGUCUAUGCUCAGGUGCAAGACACAGUCAUCCUUAAGCCUCCAAUGAUGUAUGAUUCAACAGAACAUUAUCUGUACUGGCAUUUCGGUGACACAACUAGCCCUCGUCUUGCCUGGCGCAAUCACUUUGGCGGAAGUGGAACGGUUGCUAAAUCAGAUACACGCUGGGGAAACAUAUCUCUGUCUGGAGGCUCGCUGAUGAUCAAAAAUAUUCGUCAAGAACACUUUGGAACUUUUGUCUGUACACUUGGUCAAGGAAAACCCACAGUCACAUACAAACUACUGAAACUCACAAUCACAAAGAGCCCAGCCUCUCCUUUUGUGCCAGGGGAACUUCUGAGUCUGCAUUGCAGCGCCGAAACUCCUCAGGAUUACAAGAAACCAGAGAUACACUGGCUGAAUCCUCAAGGGGAGAAGAAGGAAACCAACCAAGGGGGGCUCAAUGUGAAGGUCACAGGCCAAGACGAUGGCCAGUGGACCUGCGUUGUAACAAACAAUGAAAGGGAAAGCAAAGCCAAAAUCUCUGUCACAGUUGUGGAUCUCUCAGCUCCUUUACAUCCUCAGUAUACAUCUGAAUCCUCGCCUCUGAAUGUCCCCUGUUCAUUUCCCUCUCACAUCUCCUGGGAUCAAAUCAAAGCUGUGGGCAUCCAGGAAGUUAGCUGGCACUUCCAAUCUAAACUAGGGUCAAAUGUAAUUUCCAACGACCCACAGAGGCUCUGCGAUCUCACUCUGGGUGAUCCGUCGAAAUGGAAGAAAGUCCAGGACAGAGAUCUGACUCCUAUAUUCCACUCUAAAAGAAGACUACUGGCUUUGACCAGAACGCUUGGAAGAGAAGAAGACAGAGGGGAUUAUGUUUGCUCCAUGAAAGCCAGGAAUGGCGUGACUCUGAACAGGAUCGUACACGUAAAGGUGCUGCAAAUCACUUCCGCACCAGGAACGGAGUUAAUCUCUGGCCAGCAGGUGAACCUGACGUGCAGCCUUGGUGAACCACUGCCCUCUGGCCUGAGACUGAAGUGGGUGCCACCUGAACAAUCAUCCCUGACAUCUCUGACACCUGACCACCAGCCCGCCCAUCUCACCAUCCCACAAGUGGGGGAAGGAUAUGGAGGGAGGUGGAGGUGUGAGCUGUGGCAGAACGAUACGAUGCUGAUGUCUGCUGUGAUAACAUUGAAGAUUGAGCCUAAGCUGAGUGUGUGGAUGCUGGUGAUCAUUUGUAGUGUCCCAGUCAUUAUCAUCUUCCUCCUCAUCUUCAUUGUCAUCAUCUACAAACGCAGACAACGGAAGACGACUCACCUCAGACAUCGACUCUGUAAAUGCAAAAACCCGAAGCCCAAAGGAUUCUACAGAACAUAAAUCUCCCACUAAGACAUUUUGAACAGGACAUCGCAGGCAAUUGAAUUUCUGUCCAGAGAAGAUGGAUUUUUCUGUCACAUCCACUAAACGGUGAACCUCUGUUAGGUGUGUUAGACCAGGGUCAGAAAGUUUACUUAUUGUGGAAAUGUCAGGUAUGAAAUAUGUUUUACAGGUUUAGAUAUCAGGAAUGUUUUUAUAUUUGUGAUGUAACAUGUGAUCUAUUUUUUGAAGAUUUUUCUAUUCCACAGCAUUGCAAAAUGAAACUCUUGUUCUUUAUAAAUACUGGUCUUACAUUUUUAUUUGUAAUUACAUACUUUUUAUAUUUUUAUGUACUGAUACAUUUAAUCAAAUGUCAUUUUUUAUACUAUGUUAUCUUAUGUUAUGAUGUUAUUUGUACAGCACUGCAUUUUAAAGCUUGGUUAAAGCCUUUAUAAAUACCCAGAGACUGAAUUUUUUGAAUAAAAUACUGUUUAACUUAUACACAAAUACAUAACUUUACAGCUUAAUUUUAAAACAGGACAUGUUUUCCAGUUGAAUAUUAUUCUUUUAUCUAAACAGACUGUAGGAAAACGUUUCUUAAGUUUCAAAUGAAGACUGUUUUCUUUCCAUUUGUGGGACUUGGCUGUGUAUAGAUAUGCUUCUUUUAAAGUGCAACUCACACAUUGGAGACCCCAGUGAAUCAAUAUGUAAAAAUGAUUUUAGAGUUUGUAUUCAAUUAAAUGUAGGAAUUAUUACAAUA